GUUGCAGCCGCGCAUGCACGAACAUACCUAUUUUAUAAGAGCCAGUGGGUAAAUGAGAUUUGAGAGAAGAUUAGUUAAAGAAAUAGAAUUCUACUCGAUCCUGAAAUCAAUCGCAAAAUGGCAUUUUCGAAUACAAAAAGCGACACGCCAUGUAAGGGUCUUUAGAUGAGCUGAACGUGCCCUACUGCUUGCUCAGCCCAGCCUCAGGCAGAUCAACAGAAGAACCGCUAAAUCAGCAGCACCAAUGGAAUCACGAUGCUUUGCCGUUUCUUUCGAAGUCUCGUUCGUCUCGAAUGAGUCAUCUGGCUGAUGAGGGGAGAACGAGAGAGAGUUUGCUCAAUGUACUGGCGAGAGUCAUUAGGGCGCGACACGGCACGAGAGGCUUUGUUUACCGUAAGAUAAGACCAACAAUGACAUCGGAGAGGGAUGACAUCAGGGAUCUGAGCGACGUUAUUCUGCAGGAUAAUUCGGACACCGAGACACAGUGCAAACGCAAAUUGAGUAAAAAGCCAAAGAGAAUAUUACAGUUUUCGGAUGGAGUAAUGGAAGAAUAUUCAUCAGAAGAUGAAGUUGACGCGCCAAAGAAUAAAAUUGUGUCACAGAUAGAUACUAAAAAUAUGAAUUGGUUACCAUGGGCAUGGUACCAAACCACAUGGUUGAGCUCUAAAAUGUUGUACGGUUGCGAUUACGUUGGCGAAUGCUUGGCCAAUUUCUUUGGCAUAACAGCGCCCAAGUAUCAGUUUGAGAUCAAUGAGUUUUAUAGACUGCAAGCACUCGAAAAAGAAAUGAUCCACAAACAAGAUUUGGAGAUGGGUGGAUGGAACGAACAAAAUAGGAACAAUCUCAUAAAUAGUGAUACUAUAUUAACAAAUGAAUGUAAAUAAUGACGUAAAGUGUGGAGAUUUAAUACUGAUGAAACAUGUGUGUGUGUUACAUAUAACAAAUUCUCUAUUUUACAAUCCAUUUAAAAUAUCGCCUAUACAUAGCUUUAAUUGACAGAGAUUUGCUGCAAAUUCAUUAGCAAAUUUACGAAUAGAAAUAAUAAAUGCUUGAAU